ACUUUCCCGGCGUGAUAGGGCCGGUUCCGGGAGCGCGUGGCUGCGUGGGGGGGCCGCGUGGUCCCUCCUGAGGCGGCCCCCGGAUGAAGGGAUCUGGGGACCAGGGAUCCGAGCCUACGAGCAGGUCGGUGGCGGGGACUGACUGCUGCGGAGGCCUCGGCAAUAUUGAUUUCAGGCAGGCAGACUUCUGCGUUAUGACCUGGCUGCUGGGCCACGUGGACCCCCUGGAUCCCAGCUUUGUGGCUGCUGCACUCACCAUCACCUUCAAUCCGCUCUACUGGAAUGUGGUUGCACGAUGGGAACACAAGACCCGCAAGCUGAGCAGGGCCUUCGGGUCCCCCUACCUGGCCUGCUACUCCCUGAGCAUCACCAUCCUGCUCCUGAACGUCCUGCGCUCACACUGCUUCACGCAGGCCAUGCUGAGCCAGCCCAAGAUGGGGAGCCUGGACACCCCCGCGGCCCGCUGCCUGGGCCUCGCGCUCCUGGGAGUGGGCGUCGUGCUCGUGCUCUCCAGCUUCUUUGCACUGGGGUUCACUGGAACCUUCCUAGGUGAUUACUUCGGGAUCCUCAAGGAGGCGAGAGUGACUGUGUUCCCCUUCAGCGUCCUGGACAACCCCAUGUACUGGGGAAGCACAGCCAACUACCUGGGCUGGGCCGUCCUGCACGCCAGCCCCACGGGCCUGCUGCUGACGGUGCUGGUGGCCCUGACCUACAUGGUGGCCCUCCUGUACGAAGAGCCCUUCACCGCUGAGAUCUACCGGCAGAAAGCCUCCGGGGCCCGCAGGAGGAGCUGAUCCGGCUGCAGCAGCUUUGCUGGAGGCCUGGCUGGCCCCCUGGCCUGCCCCAAGUGCCAGCCCUGCCAGGGAGAGAAUGGCGCCUGCGCGGCUCAGGGCUCGCCCCGGGCGUGGGCUGCCCCAGUGCCUUGGAACCUGCUGCCUUGGGGACCGUGGACGUGCCACCACGUGGCCACUGAGUCCCAACCUUGACACAUUCCAACUCACCAAUAAAGGCACUGUGACCCCA